UUCUAAAUGGAAUUUUCAAUUCAUCAAUUGAAUUUCAAUUAUUUCUUUGAAUUGACUGAAGAUGGAAUUGACGCCAAGUAUCCUAUGUGCACUGAAACAUACAUCUAAAAACUGCAUUGCAUGGUGAGAUUGAUAUAUUUAGCACUUUUUGGGGGGUAUAAAUGUACAAUCAGAAGUUUAGCAUUAAGUUACAGCAGAGAACUCACUCAAAUGGAGACCUCUGUUUACAAAAGCGUUUUCCUCGAAACGUCAUCAUUUAAUGACAUGCUCUCCACCAAUCAAACGUUUACGGCGUGUGAACAGGAAGUGUCACGAGAACGAGGAAGAAAGCUGUGAAGGAAAGGUGUACUACAGAGUUGAUGUCACAGCUGGAAUUGCCUUUGGGACCAGGAUGAACAGACUACUCUCUGUUCCUGACAGAAAAUAGGAGAAGAGGCUUUGAGGGUUCUGUGCCACAAAUAUUACUGAGCAAUACCAUAUCUGGACAUCAUGGAGCUUGUAGUGGCCAAGGUCCUUUGCCUUCUGGGGGUGUUUGCCCUCAUGUUGGCUGGGAUUCUUGUCCCAGUGCGCCUCAUGAUUCAGGUGGACUAUGAAAAAGCUGAAAGGUACAGGAAGGCUCUUGCACUCUGCAAUUCUUUUGGAGGGGGUGUAUUUCUGGCCACUUGCUUCAAUGCUCUUUUGCCUGCCGUACGAGACAAGGUGGACGAGGUCCUUCAUCUGGUGACUAUCACCACAGACUACCCACUGGCAGAGACCAUGAUGAUGCUGGGCUUCUUCCUCACAGUCUUUGUGGAGCAGGCAGUGCUCACCUUCAAGAAGGAGAAGCCAUCUUUCAUUGACCUGGAAACUUUCAACGCAGGGGGCUCUGAGGCUGGGAGCGACUCUGAGUAUGACACUCCAUUCAUCUCCCCCACCCGGGGCUCCCCUGUGGGCCGCCACCACCACCAUGGGCAUCACCAUGGACACCUCAGCCCCACCGAGCUAGCCAGAGCUGGGCCUCUGCGGCUGGCCAGCCUGGUCCUGGCUCUCUCUGCCCAUUCUGUGUUCGAGGGGCUGGCCCUGGGCCUCCAGGAGGACGGGGCCAAGCUUGGAAGUCUCUUCCUCGGGGUGGGCAUCCACGAGACCCUUGCUGCCGUGGCUCUGGGGGUGAGUGUUGCCAAAGCUGCUUUGCCCAUGAGGGAUGCCAUCAAACUGGGUGUGACGGUCAGCCUCAUGAUCCCCAUUGGCAUCGGACUGGGCAUGUGCAUCAAUAGUGCCCAGAACCUGGCAGGCAGUAUUGCCUCUGUGGUGCUCCAAGGCCUGGCUGCUGGAACUUUCCUCUUUGUCACCUUCUUUGAGAUCCUGUCUCGGGAGCUGGAGGAUAAACAUGACAGACUGCUUAAGGUGCUCUUUCUCAUACUGGGCUAUGGGGUACUAGCAGGCCUAAUGUUAAUCAAAUGGUAAUGGACAGAAUAGGCCUUUUUAAUGCACUGAGUUGUCUAUGAUUAUCACACUGACCACAAUUUGUAUUGUGUGCACAUCAGCACUACCAAAUUAAAUGUUUUAUUUGGUAAAGGGGAACAGUAAAUCAAGUAUCAUCGUUUUUUUCUUUGCACUGGAACAUGUUUGCUUACCAAGUCAGGCUAUGUUACUGUUUUAGUUUCUGCCAUAGGGAUUACUUAAUGCUCCUGACAUUGAUUAGUAAUGGUAAAGCUAGUCACUUUGAUAGUAUAUGUUUCCAGAGACAGGAUUAAAACUGAUGUAGAGAUAUCAGGAAAACUACUUCAUAGCAUUUAUAGUAAAGACGCUGUUGUCUUAUUGGCAUUUUGGCAGUGAAGUGAACUACUUGUAACAUAAAGGAAACCUUUAUCGAAGAAAAUGUGCUACUUGCAGUGAUAUGUUACUGAUAUAAACAUAUUGAUGUUUGUGGUUGAAGGAUAUAAUGGUGGUUAAUAUGAAGUGGUUCAUAUUGUCCCGUCUGCUCUAUGUACCUUCUGUUUCCAUGAUCAGUAUGCUAUGUGUUAAAAUAUGUGCAUAUUUCAAUGUACAAUUUUCAUAUGUAAACAUGAUUUGUUUUAUUGUCUGUGGGUGUAAGUGUUUCCUAGCAUUAAUGGCCCAAUACAGAGUUGAGAAAAAUGUGUGCAAGACUUUUGCGUAAAUCAUUAUUAUUAAUUGAAGUCAAUGGGAGACUUCAGAGAAUCCUAAUCAAAUAAGAACCAAUUCACUGGAAACUGUUUGUGUAGCCUGGUGUAUGGUUCUGAUAUCUAUUGUCACAUUGAGAUUAUAUCCAUGGUGUCCUUUUCAAGAUUGUAUUUUAACACGGUUUAUGUUAACAGGGAGUCACAUUGAGACUCAUGUCUCUUUUUAUGAAUUAUGUGGUACAGAUAUGAUAUGAGCAGUAGAGUCUGUCUAUUAUAUUUUGUCUUUGCCACAGUUAGCUUUGACAGAAUUUUACACAGCUUAGAGGAAUACCAUUGUCACCUAAAACAUGUUUUUUACUUGUGAAAAAAGUUUUUCUCCUAAUGUGAAUGUGUAGUACUUUACAUGUUUUGCAGAAGCCACUUACUGGAGGAAGCCUACUGUAAACGGUACAUUUGUAAAGUUCCAUCCUUAUUGUACUCUUAUUGUACUGUUCAAACGUAUUGUAGGGCAGUUACAUAUUGAAUGUGUCCAUGUCAAUUUGUGCUUUUUAGGGUCUUUAAACAAAAUAACUUUCAUUAUUAUGAAAAUGGUUUUUAAUGCUGUCUUCCAAAAUUAUUUUUCUUCAGUUGCAACCAGAUUUCCUUUAUAUAAUGAACAGAGAAAUGCAAAUAAGUUAUGACUUUUAUAUAACAACAUGGGGAAGGUGAUGGUUAAAUACAUUAUUUAUAUAAUAUAAAAAAUUGCAGUCCUUCAAUGAAAACUGUUUGCAAUGUGACAAAUUUGUACCUCUUCUUUUUAUAUAUAUAUAAUCAAUAUAUAUAUAAUGUGUAUAUAUAAAUAUAUACUGUAUAUUCCA